GCCGAAAGACCACGUCGUCAAAUAUUCCUCUGUCGUUUUGUCGUUUUGGAGAACCAUAGUAGCGCCUUGCUUCAUAUUCACCUCUAUGUUGCUCGAACGCACUAUAACACUUUUCUUCCUCUAAGGGACCACUUAGAGCCACGACUGCAGCUCGAUCCAGCAAUGCCACUCGCUGGAAUGGCUAACAUGGCGAAGGAAAAAACACGAAAAUGAAGAGAGUUGACUGCCCAAGCGGCACAAACUAGUUUGGUUUGUCUUGUGCUGCACCGCAGAAGAUCCUGUGCGCACACGGGAGGUGAAAGACAAUGCGUCGGUGGUCGGAAGCGCACCCUCCCCCGGGAGGUCGGUCGUCGUGCGCCACCUUCUGUCUCUACCGCCUCGUAUUUUCGCAGCCAAUCGCCUUUCUAUUGCUGCAAUGGAACUCCUUUCUCUUACCAACAGUGUCCGCUUUGUCGACGUCGAUUUCGUCUCUCGUUUCGCUCGGAGAAAAUGAAGAAACCGACGCGGUCAACGACAAGCCAUUCUGCGUGGCAGCGAAUCCGGUGAAUGGGCGGGACUUGUAUCGGUUUUUGCUGGUCUCCGACUACAGCGGAGUUUCUUACUUUCAGGUGGAUCCGAAGCAGUCGGAGGCAAUCACGGACGGGGAUAAUAAGGUAGACCGUCUAGUAAGUAGUACAACAGGUCGUUAUGGUUGCAAAUAAUCCAAUGAGAAUGAUCACAACGACUCCGUCGUCGAUUAUGUCACUGACCUUCGAAAGAGAGCACGAGUGAUUGAUGGUGCUGCAAUCUAUGUAUCCGUAUCGAUCUCCACUAUUUCAGCACGCCCUGAUCCACGGGUCGCCGGCGGUUCCGGGAGGGUACUCUUCGUCCAUUGCCGUGUGCUGCAACCAACUCUACGUGGCCGUGGUUCCGCCAACCCCCGACGACCCCACCGCGACCGCUUCUGUGCUGCGGGAGAAGCCGAAGAUUCUCCAGUUCUCGCUGGUGGUGCAGGCGGACGAGGACAGCGCGGCUGCGGGAAGCCCGACGGCCGGCCAGCUCGGCCGCCUGUCGGUACUGGACGAGGAGCCCCGGGUGGUUAUCCUGAGGAAAAACGUGUCUGAACCAGACUUGUCAUGCAGACUUUCAACUGCAGGAGCAUUUCUGAUGCGCAUCUGUAUGAAAAGCGUUCCUAAUCGUCAGCUGGAGAAAGCAGAAAUUCGAACGUGACUUCGGGACGGAGGUGACAUUUUUCACACAGGAUAGCGUUGAUGGAAGGCAAACAGAUCCUGGAUAUGAAUUGCAACCCGGCGUCGGGAGAUCUGUUCAUCGGUGUGCCGGAGAACGCCGCGGAGGGGAAGAUUUUGAAGUACAGUGGCAGGGAUUUGUCUAAACUAGCACUGAAGGAAUUCCGCUCCUUCGAGAAACUGCCCGUGAACGAAAUUCCGCUGCCAAUAUGACACGGAGCAACUUUCCUUCCCUUUUAUGCAAAAGCUGCAUGCUCGCCGACGCUUCUAUUGCUGUUGAUGCUUAACAAGCGAAGGGGAGGGGACGUUGUGCACUGUGAUUCUCCACGCACGGGUUGCCGAACGCCGUUUCCGCCGACGAUCUGGAUGUGUACGUACUGAAUUCGCACAGCGCAGCGGUAUGAGAGUGCAGGAUUUUUUUCCCUCAUACAUGAUUUGUUCUGCGAACUAGAACAUGAACUCUUUCAUCUUGUCACUACUUCUAUGCAUGACAGGUUCAUGAUCCGGAAGGAGCCGAAACAGCAUGUUGAAUUUUACAUCAAUUUGUCAUGCAAAAACUACAUUUGUGCCGUUGCUUCCAUUGGCGUCCAAAAAUGAGGAACGAAAAGAACUUUUGCCCCCUCACAUCCGACCGGGGACGUCGAGAAGCUUUUGAUCGCCGACGACGGAAGCACGCACGGGUUGCUCCAAACCGUGACCAACAGCGCAUCUUCGUCCGCGGUGGUGUGCAACGACGCCCAGCAGCUCUUGUACCUGGCGCAAAGCUGCCCGGUGACUGCUACAGCUACUGCUGGAAAUAGUGCAGGUGGGAAUGGUGCGGCAGGAGCGGGACAGGUGUCAACAUUAGCUUCUACGUCCAGGACCGGCACCGCUUCCUCCUGCUCCGACGCUCUGUUCGCGAUUCCGAAAUUCCCAAAACCCGUUCCCGAGGCUGUCGCGUCAACCCAUGUGACCCCGGCAUUUCUCGCCGCCCGCGGCGGAAGUACGGCGGAAGCAGCGGUGGGUGGGACAGAAGCUUCGUCUUUAGCUUCCCCGCACGUUGUCCUCCAGGGGUUACGGAACGGGAAGAGCUGUGCCACGGACGGCGAAAGUACCGUGUUUUUGUUGCACCAAACCGGUAGCGGAGACUACGUGCUAUCGCAGAUUGUCCCCGGCCCGAUUGGAGAGGAGGAGAGCGGACCGAGCGACGGGGCCACCGCAGCGACGCUGCAGCCGUUCGCGGAAACCGCUAGUGGGGCCACGGUGGCACUCUUGGAGGAGGCGAGGGACAUUGCGUUUUUGCAGGCACCGGCGGUGUGAGGUGGACGAGGAGGUAGGGGGACAAGCAAGCAACAGUUCCUUGUAAAUGCUCUUGCUGUCACCCGCAUUGGAACCGAUGAAAGUAGGGAAUCUUUGGUCGAGUACUCUUUUCCGCACUGUUAAUCAAGAAGCCUGCCUUUCUUUCUCGAUCUCGUGCUGAUAAGAGUCUGCAGGAAAAAAUCAAGUUGUACUUCUACCCUACGAGCGCGGGUGCUUGUCUUGAAGCAAUGUUCACUCCAGAAGACAUGUUCUAUCAUGACUAGUUCUAUUCGCAAGAUGGUGA